AUGGACCGACCGACGGAAAGGGUAGGAGGAGGAGUUUUACUCAUGGGAGCUGACCAUCACAAGCAGAGGCAGGGUAUAAAAAUUGCCACCCUGAAAGUAAAAGGCGGAGAAGCAACUGUCAAAUUUGGCAACGGAGAGACCAUCCUGGUUGAGCUAUACCGCAGCCCUAAUGCAGAAACAUGGGAAGACGAUCAGCUUCUUGCCUUCCCAGAGGAGGUUACAGCGAAGGGUCGCAAACUCCUGAUUUUAGAAGAAUUCAAUGCGCCAAAGAAGGGCUAG